GCCUCGUGGUUGUGGCUCAGCUUGCACUUCUCGGCGUGAUUUGAUUGCAGUCCCACAAAGGCACCGCCAGCAUGAUUGACGACGCAGUCCGGAAGGAAGUCCAGGAGGAGACGCAGCGCCAAAUGACCGACUUUGGCAAGGACUUUAUGUCUGCCUACAAGGGUCAAUUGGUCGGCGAAGCGAUUGAGAAGCACGAGGCCGGCGAGGAAGAGGGCCCCGCACUCGAGCUGCAGGAACGCCCCGAGUCGGAACCCCUGGUGGAUACCGAGCCCCUCAAGACGGCCACCUUUAUCAAGCGCGGCGAUGUUCGCAAGAACUGGAAGGAACGCUUCUUCGUGGUUCGCAAGGACCACAACAUUGACUACUACGAGUCGGAGCAGGCCUUCAAGGACGGCAAAAAGCCCAAGGGCACCAUCAACCUCUCGGGCUACGAGGUCGUGACGGAUCCCAAUGGUCGCAAGAUCAAGCAAAAGCAGGAUCAGGCCAAAGAGUUUGGUGAGGAAAUCGGUGACGUCGAGUACGACAAGUACGAGCCCCUGACCAUGGAGUGCUUUCACGACUCGAAGCGCCGCUGGCUCUUCAAGUUUGAGACCCAGGAUCAGUUUGAUGAGUGGGCCAUCACCUUUGCCGAGUGCUCCAAGCUCGUCAGCUCCCGCACCAUGGAGGAUGACCAGAUGUACGAGGCCUUUCAAGAAGCCUACACUGCCCGCAAAUCCCACACCUGGUACUACUACUGGAAAAAUUACUCGGGCACUGAAGCUGACAUGCUCACCGACCUCCUCACCGACAACGCUCGUCGCCGCUUCCUGGAAUCCACCAUCCGCAACCUCACCGGCCCCAUCAAGAUGAAGAAGGUCGCCCUCGGUAAAAUUGUUGCCUUCCUCCGGACAAUCAUUUCCGGCAUUGUCAAGGCCCAAUUCACGGCCCUCAUUACAGCCCUCAACGCCGUCAAGGAGACGGUCAAGAAGGGCCUCGAGACCGCCAUUGGUCCGAUCGUGGAACUCCGUGGCAAGCUCUGUGGUCAACUGGACGGCAGUGCUACCCCCAUCAUCAACCCCGUCGCCGAGAAGGUUCUCAGCCCCAUGGCCACUGCUUUGGCUGGCUUCCUUUCCCCCACCCUCUACAGCGCCUACGUGGGCCCCAAGCCCGAGUUUGAGAAGGAGUGCAAGCGCUACUCGGAAAAGGUGGCCGAUGGCUCCCCCCAAGACUCGGCCGACCAGAGCCUUCGCUGGAGCACCGAGUGCAGCUACUGGAUGUACCAUGACGGCUUUGAUUAUUUGUACAAGAUUGUCGACAAGUACUCGGACCUCAAGGGCAUGCUGCCCGACGUCGUCCGCAGCAACGAGACCAUGUCCAACCUGAUUGACUCGUACCUGGACUUGUACUCCUGGACCUGGAACGUGCGCUCCUCCAUUCGCGCCCUCUACGACCGGGCCGCCUACACCUACACGCAGGCCAUCAACGAGGACCCAGCCACCGCCAACGAAAAGCACGAUGCCGUUUUUGCCGCCACCUGGGCCAGCUUUGAGCACGAUGCCAAGUUCUCCGUGGUUCAAAACCUGGCUGACUUUGUGACCGGUCCUCUGUCCUUUGUUCUCAAGGACUCCAUCCUUGAGAAGCUGACCCCCCUGCUCGAGCCCAUCGACUCUCUCAUUCCGGAAACCCUCCAGGAGAUGAUCAGUGGCACCCUCAUCCUUGAAACUGUUCUUGAUAACCAUGUGGGCUCCAUUGCCAGCGGUGCUGCCGAGGCUGCCUGGGACAAGCGAUCUGCAUAAUUAAACAAGCCUAACCGCCUCGCGCUCUUGCGCCGCCACCAACCCGCGUCUUGUUCUGUUCUUGCUUUUUUGACAGCGUCUGUGUUUUUGAUCACCCGAGCCGGUGCAAAUUGUUACUCCUCGCGUGCAUUUUUGCAUGGCGCAGGCGUGUGCCUUUUGUGCACCUUUUUAGCAACUCGUUUUUUGCGCAAAACCGAUGUAAAUUGAAUGACCCUUCUCCUA